GCCCUCCGCGGCGGCGCCCGGCUCCUCCCCAAGGAAACCCCCCUUCCUCCUCCCCUCCUCCUCCCGCUCCUCCUCAUCCUCCUCGCCACCGCCGCCGGCACGCUCCCCGCGGUCGUAACCCUGCCGCUGCAACCACCGCCUCGAUCUGCCAGGUCUGAUAGUGUUCGCCUCUUGGAAACUUGCAGGGCAGGGUCGGAUGGGCGCGCGGCGGAGGUCGGGUGCGGGGCGUCGCUGUCACCGUCGAUGACGCGGUUCGGGAUCGCCGUGCGCUUCAACGCCAUGUCGUCGGCCGUCUCGGAGGCCGCCACCACCACGGCCGCGUCGAGCGUCGUCCACGCGGUGCCGCGGACCGAGCCUGUCAUGUCCGCCGAGUGGCUGCACGCCAACCUCAGGGACCCUGAUGUGAAGGUACUUGAUGCCUCUUGGUCAGAAGAUGGCGAGUUCCUCAUUCCAAUUGAGUUUAUAUUGUGUAGGUUUCUUCGUCAUGAUCUGGAUUGCCGCAGUCAUGUUCAAGUCCAAUGAUAUCUUGCGCAAGCAGACUGCUCUCAAGGUUGGUGCUUCAUAAUAACUUUUCUAUCAACGUGCUUCUUCUGCUUCUAGAGGUUAAUUAAUUGUUCUGACAAGCAGACUGCUCUCAAGAGCUUGUGCUUAUCUUGUGUAUCAACGUUCUUGUUCUGCUUCUAGCACUGGGUCUAUCCCUUCUAUUGAGGAAGCCGGCUGGCAGACUGCUGCCAUCACUAAAUAUUUGCUGCAUACUUAAUCACCACUUUGUAGAUGAAUUAUUAUUUAUUUUUGUCAUAUAUGUAGUUCAUCUGUCCAAUGCUCUACACUAUAAAUACUAAUUUGUGUGCCAGGCCACCAUUGUGGUAGUGCCCAUGUCUCUUCUCCAGUCAGUCACAUCGUGCUAUGAUGCACACAUCCUCAAGUCUGGGAAGCAACCCUGGUAAGCCAAUUAUUGAAGCGCAUUUUUUUAGUCCCAUCACAUGCACAAUCUCAUCAAUGGUUAAUUUUCCAUUAUCAUGUUCAAGAGUUUCUUGGCCAGCUCUGAUAAUUGGGAUCUCAUGGAUGCCACAAUUGCACACAAUAAAUAAACAAAUUUGAUGAUGCCUUCUUGAACAGAUCAGCCUCCCCCCUUGCAAAAGAAAAAACGAUCAGCCUCCCUAGAUGAAAUCAAUAAACUGGAGCACUCCAACUAUUUUCUACUUAGCCCUCAGAAACAAGUAUGACUACUAGCCAACUACACUCAUAUCAUAGAGCUCUAAAAUAUACUGUAACUAUCUCACAUGGUAUUGUACUAAAAAAACAAAGUUUUUCAAUUUUUCACUAAACUACUACUCAAAUCAUCCUAUUGUUGCGAAGUUGUGAGGUAUAUAUAUGAUAGCUUACAAUUGUUUGAAAAACUAAGACCAUGGUCUAUCCUAAAUGUGAGAUUUCAUUUUGAAUUAGUUGGUAGGCUUAAUUCUUUUGUUCUGCUUCAGCUCACUCUUACAUAAUGCCAAUUCGUGUCAAGAGCCCUUCGCUGGCAACUUACUAGAUGUAGAAACCCAAGUGGACGCAACCGCUGAGCCCUAAAUUGUUGUUUUUUGUGACGAUUAUCGGUAUGUAUUUACAUCAGCCAGAACAUCUUAUAUGGGUGUCUUAUCGUAAUAUUUCUACCUGGCAAAGAUUGAUUCUUGAAUUUUACCACGUCCUUUCCUACUUUUACCAUUCAAUUAUUACAAUUGUUGUAUGUAUCAUAUUUGUUGUCAGGUGAGCCUUGAAACAUACUCCCUUUGUAUCAAAAUAUAAGAUGUUUUUUGACACUGGAGUAUAUGGCUUGCUAAUCCCAUCAUGAUUACGAAUAUAUAUAUGUUGUUUGCUGCUGGAGAAAAAUAAAUUUGCUGUCCAUUGAUUGAGUGCAUUACAGUAAUAAUUUCCAAACGUCACAUGAAACAAGGAAAUAUUUUCACGUGACUUCCUGUUUUGACAGAUAUAACAAGGAAACAUCCACAUCAAUUUUGUUCUUGAUAUAUUUUAUAUUGGUUUAUAGCUCACUCAUCAUACCAUUUUUUAUUUGUGGUAUAAGAAUAUUUGCCUUCUCAAACUUCCAUUUUUUUGGGAUUGUACUAUGCUCAAUUAAUUUGAUAGAAGUAUACCCAGAGUAUGAUAAACAAGGAAACAAAGCACACCCGCAUAAUUAAAUUAGCUUUGCCAAGGAUAUAGGGCAAAACUUCCUCGUGUAGAUCUUCUGCUUGUAUUGCACUAAGCUCUUGGUUACCAUUUGGAAUCUUAUUCCAGGAUCCAUGUUAAUCCCAUACAUAUUUCCGAGCUUGUAGGAUGACUGGAAUAUUGCCCUGUUUUACGUCGAAUAUCUCAAGCGACAAAAUUUGCUCUUAAUGUACUGCUGCAGGAUCUGGAUAUCUCUCAAAAUUUAGUACUUUCUGGUGUUGAUCUCAAGUGUUGGCUCCUACAGCAUUGCAUUUCACCAAGUGAAAUGCUACAUUUCUACUCCUAACCCAUUGUCUCUUUCUUAGUGUUUUUGUUAUGCAGGUUGGAAGAAAAGAAGAAGAUCCAGAGAAGAUCUUAGUAGUAAGAUAGUUUUUUAAGAAAAUAGAUAUUUAGUUUUAGGUCAUUUCUUGUAAUUUCAGAUAUGGAGUGUGUCAAGGGCCUCGGUGCCCAAGACAGCAGGACCUCGACUACGUAGUUCGUAGUCGCGGUGGAUAGGAGCGCUAGGGUUUUUGCCUGGCUGCUCUAUGAUGCGGG